UUUUGGGUUGCAUCGCCAGAUCGUCAGGCUCAUUAUCUUAUCUGAAUCGCCCUGUAUAUUAAUUUUGUCUAGAAAUGUUUUUUCUUAGAGUAGAAGAUCUUCUAACGAUUCGUGCAUGUUCUAUUUGGUUUUAUACAGAUUUUCUAUGGAAUAGAUCUUCGCUGGGUAGAGAAAUGGACAAAAUGUGCAAAGAAGUGUUUUCUAUUGCAAAACAAGUGGUAAAAUUUAAAAAAAUCAAGUUUAAACCAAAAUCCAAUGAUACCAGAUUCUUACGUAAUCCCUACUGGAAGUAUUGUCUUGAUUCCGAUAUAUCACAUUAGCAGAAAAUCUGAAUUUUGGAAAGAACCAAAUAAAUUCGAUCCUGAUCGAUUUUUACCAGAAAAUAAUACGAAUCGACAUCGUUACACUUUUAUUCCUUUUAGUUCAGGGCCCAGAAAUUGCGUGGGUUACAAGUACGGCAUAAUGUCAGUGAAAGUUCUGUUGUCGACAAUUUUAAGAAAGUACACCAUAAAACCUUCUGAAUAUAAAAAAUUGGAAGAUAUUGAAAUGAUCAUUAGUGUUGUGGCCAAACCAAUAUCAGGUUACAAGAUAAAAUUAGAGAAAAAAGUGAUUGAAAAGUGAUAAUUUCGAAAGUACGAGGGAAGAUCAGUAUUUACGGUUCCUACUCGUAUGUAUUGUAAUGUGUUUUCUUUUAUUUACUAUUUUACUUAUUUAAACCGGGCGCCACCAACUUUUUCCUAAAAGUUGGAAAAGAACUGUUUGGAGAUGUUCUCCAGGUUUACACUACAUAAGAAUGCCUUUCCGGCCAGCUUUUAUACAGUGGAGAGGAAUGGGGAGGUUCGAUUGAAUUAAACACAGGUGAUUGAAAAGAGAAAUUUAUUUAGUAACUAUAACAACAAUAACAACAGAUAAAAUAACAAACUUUACAAAACAAAAUCUAGCUUGGACCUAGUGAACCCUAGCCCUUGGAGAAGACGUCCUCCGUGGGUGAAUUUGAGGGGAGAAGUCCCGUCGGUUGCUUUUCCUGAAGAGGUCCAGGAAAUUAUCCCACCUGGAAACUGUCCCAGAUGUUAAGCCCUUACCACGGAAGGGAUCCCGUGGCCCGUGUUCAGAGGUGAACUCGGCUCCCAGAAACUGUCCUGAGGCAGGUGUGGUUUAACGACGGAAGAAGGUCCCGUCGACCGUAUUCUUUGAAGAUGUCCAAAGAGUACAAUCCUUCAGAAGCCGUCCUGAAGUUAUUCCACCAAGAGAGGUCCUGGUGAUUUCGUCCGAAGAUGUCCGGAAGGAGACUCAAGUGAAUCUGCCGGUGUGGCGGCCCGUUCUCCUUUAUAUACGCUUUGAAGUCAACAUUCCUAUAGCAACAAAACAAACACUUUGUUUCCACUUUUGAUCCAUUUAUCUGGGCGUACCUCUCAUUGGUCUAUUUUUGGCGGUUAUUUUAAAUAAAACACCGACACAUCAUAACGUUUAUACAAUGAAUUUUUACACUUUAUAACUGACUAAUUGUUUGGAAAAUAUGCUACACAUAUUUCUAAUACCAAACAAAUACUAAAUCUAAAAUUUUAUUACAGUAUGUACCUAAUAAAUAAAAGUAGUGAAUUCAAAAUUUU